AUGAUAGAUAGUACAGAGAAAAUUGACGAAGUCCGUAUACGCAAUCAACCAUGUGAAGGUUACAUUUAUGCUAUAGUAGUAGUGGUUGUAACCCAUGUUUGCCCUGUACCUAUUGAAGUGAUCAUUGUGAUAAUUAUAAUUAUAUAUGAUACUCAGAAGGUAAAAAUUACAGUGACAGCAGACAGCAGCAAAAAUAGAAAAUUGAAAUCGGCUAAGCAGACAAUAAAUGGGGGAGAACAGCAGAAAGUACUUGAUAAAAGAAUUUAUUCAAUUAUUCAGCAAACAAAAUGUUCCAUUGAUGUUCGUGGAGGAAAUACACACAUGUGUGAAUUUACAACUGAUGCAGGUGUGAUUUCAUUACAAUUUCUGAUCAAAGAUGACUUGCUGAACGUCGAACCUGGCCAUAAAAUAACAUUGCCAACAAUAUUGACGUUAGGUAAUCAGAUUGAUCAGUCUAUACCAUCUAUACAAUGGUUUCAUAAAAAAGAGAAAUUUGUGAAUCCAGGACUAUAUUUUAACACCAUUGUAACAUGGGCUACUUAUGGUGUAUACAAAAUCGAAAUGAAGUUAAAUGAUCUUGGAAUAAUGAUUCGGAUAGAGAACAUGCGUGUUACAGCUAGAAAUUGGACGGGAACAGUGAUUAUUGUUGUUGUCAACGUUUCAUUGGUUGUGAUUGGUGGAGUUGUUGUAGAAUAUAAUAGGUCAACAGAUGGAUUUUGUGUCAGUGGCACAAUCGUCAUUAUCAUAUUUGUGGUACCUAUUUUUGUCUACUGCAUUCCGGUAGUCUGUUUUAUCUACGUUUUCUUUAUAAAGAGACCAGGUAAUAAUUUAUAG